AUGGGCGUGACACCCGCGGCGGCAGCGGAGUCCCCGGUGAUCGAGACGGACAAUGGUUCUUCUAACGUCGCUCCGGCCAGAAAGAGGCAGCAGAAACGGACCAAAAAGAGUUUGGGAGAGACUGGGUCUCCGAGGGAGCGGGGGGGAUCUGCUGGGGAGAAGCGACAUACGGAGGAACCGGCGCCAAUAAAGUUGGCAACGUCAAAGCCUGAAAAAAAGACCGGCGACAGAGGAGAAAUAAGGAACACGCCAAAGCCAAAACGCAGACGACCUUCACGCUCCUCUGCGGUCACAAUAACUUGCCCGGUGGGUGGACUGUCUUACGCCGAGUUGAUCCGGAAGGCCCAAGACGUAAUCACACUUGAAGAGAUAGGUAUCAACAACACGAGGAUGCAAAAUACGGUUGCUGGAGGGGUGGUAAUCGAGCUCCCGGGUGAGGACUCGUCGCCGGCGGCAGACGUGCUGGCCUCGAGACUGAGAGAGACGCUUCAUGACACGGGUGUUAAAAUCGGUAGACCGAUGUUAAGAGGCGACUUGAGACUAUCCGGAAUAGACGCCUCGGUCCAGCCAAACGAGCUGGCUGAAGCAGUGGCUAACACUGGGGGCUGUAAUGUUGAAAAUGUGAAGAUGGGUUCCUUCAGGAUAACCAGGAACGGAAUGAGGACAGUUUGGCUGCAGUGCCCACUUUGGGCUGCUACUAAGCUCGCGGAAUUGGGCAAUCUGCGCGUUGGAUGGUCCACAUCCAGAGUGGAGUUACUGAAGCAAAGACCGCUUCAGUGCUUCAAAUGUUUCGCAGUUGGUCACGUGCGGGAUAGGUGUCCUAGUAAAGUUGAUCGCUCUGGUAACUGCUUCAACUGCGGUGAGAGCGGUCACGUGGCUCGAAACUGUGGCAAGCCUCCUAGCUGCUCAGUUUGUAAGGAACGUAACCUGCGACACGAUCAUAGGGCCGGUUUGGAUGUAUGCCAGCCUUGUGUUACAAGGAAUGAAAUACUACAGAACUCAGGGAAAGACAAAGAAAGAAUGGCCAAUCGGAGUACUCUAGCCACUAGUUCCAACAAGGAAAUCCUGAAUGAUCCGAGGUGGGCAUGCUCUGCCGAAGCAACACCACUGGCAGCUGUAACUUGGCAGGGAUCGGAUUCCAGCGCAGGGACCCUUCUAUACCGAGGAGACGGCUUUGUAGUGGUUCACUGGAGAGGGGUGGUAGUAGUUUCAUGCUACUUUUCCCCAAACAGAAGGAUUAAUGAGUUCAGAGCCUACUUGAACAGAAUCAGUGACGCUAUUAGGGAUCGUUUAGGCGGUCCGGUGUUAGUCCUGGGGGACUUUAACGCCCGAUCCCGCCUCUGGGACAAUACUCGCCAGAACAUCCGAGGAGAUGCGAUACUGGCGUGGGCCUCGAGACUCGACCUUAGGCUGCUUAACCAAGGCCGGGAAUACACCUGUGUCAGACCACAAGGAAGAUCAGUUGUGGACCUAUCCUGGGCUUCGCCGGCGGCACUGGGGCUGAUCAGAUCGUGGAAUGUGGCCGGGGAAGAAGAAUCCCUCUCUGACCACAAGUACAUUUUUAUUGAGAUCGGUGGGAAGAGAACUGUGGAAGCGUCGGGAUCCAGGGUGUUUCCGAGAUGGAAUAUGAGGACCAUCAACCCGGAUAUCUUAAGGGCCUGUUUGGCCACAUAUUUUUGGCCUGCACAAAGGUCGGCCGAUGUCGGAGCUGAAGAGGGAGCUGCCCGAUUACAAGCGGCAUUAACAGAGGCCUCAAAUGCUUCUAUCGAGGAGGCAUAA